GUCAUCUGUCAUUUCUCAGAGAAAAUAGAAAAAAAAGUUUAAUCAAUACAGAUUUUGUUGUUUGAAAUAACUUUUUUCUAAGACAUACAUGUACACUAUUUAGUUAUUUGCAAGAUAAAUAACAAUAUCGUUUUGGGAAAUGGGUGCUCUGGCAAGCAGGCAGCACGCUGGGGUAGAGGAGGCCGACGUAAUUUCCAAUCAUGCCUACAAGUACCCUCCGAGAUCGGGAAACUAUUUUGGAAGUCAUUUCAUAAUGGGAGGAGAAAGGUUUGACACUCCACAACCAGAGGCAUACUUGUUUGGUGAAAAUGCUGAUCUAAAUUUUCUUGGCAGCAGACCUACACCAUUUCCCUACCCACCACCACAGUCAAAUGAGCCCACAAAAACAUUAAGAAGUCUCAUCAACAUACGGAAGGAGUCUUUACGAUUUGUGCGCUGCCCUGAACCAGUGGGGAAGAUAACAGAUAACAAAAUUGGGGAUGGAGUCAUAAAGUCUGUAGAAUGUAAUGGGAAGGGCACAUAUUACAACAUUGAGUUCACUUUUGACUGUGAUGCAAGAUGCGCAAUUACUAUAUUCUAUUUCUGUACAGAGGAAGUCACUCCCACAGGUGUUGUGUACUAUCCUCGGGAAACAACAAUGACAUCACAAACAUACCACUACAAGAAGGGGGCCAAUCAACAAUUCUGUCAAAUACUGCAUGUGUUUGACCCUUCUAAGUACCCUGAAGAAGACCUUGUGUACAAUGCUGAUAGAGAGAUAAUACCUGUUGCCAUUUACUGUGUUGUAGACGAAGGACAGGAUGAAAUAAGGCAGUCACACACAACUAUAGCAGUGGUGGAGAAACAUUCAGAUGGCAUGUAUGUGCUUAAAGCACUCAAACAGAAGCUGUUUGUGGAUGGACUGUGCUACUUGCUGCAGGAGAUAUAUGGCAUUGAGAACAAGAAUCUUGACACUAAGCCGAGCUCGGAUGAGGAGACAGAGGAUGGCGGCUCGGAGUGCGUGAUCUGCAUGUGCGACGUGCGCGACACUCUGAUACUGCCGUGUCGCCACCUGUGCCUGUGCAACUCGUGCGCCGACUCGCUGCGCUACCAGGCCAACAACUGCCCCAUCUGCCGCGCGCCCUUCCGCGCGCUACUGCAGAUCCGUGCGCUGCAGCGCAUCACCAACCCCGCCGCCGCCGCUGCCGCUGCCGCCAGCCCGCCUGACGGCAGCAUGGAGAACAUCCCGGCGGGCUACGAGCCGGUGUCGCUGAUCGAGGCGCUGAACGGGCCGCCGCCGGCGCGCGCGCGCCCGCCGCCCGCCGCGCCCGCCAUCGCCAGCCCCGACACCGACACCGCCUCGCAGGCGGCGGAGGUGCUGAACCGCUGCAACCUGGAGCGCAGCUCGUCCACCAGCCUGGGCAGCAGCAGCAGCCGCAAGCGCGCGCCCAUCCACCCGCUCACGCCGGAGUUCCGCAUGUCGGUGCUGCUGGCGCGCGAGGAGGAGGCGAAGCGCGCGGAGGAGAAGGCCGCCAGCCCGCUGCUCUACAGCAGGAACAGCAUCAGCGCGCUCGACAAACUCUCCAAGACAUCACUUAACUCUGAGCAGCGCUCGGAGGAGUUUGAGGAGGAAAGCACGCCCAUAGCCGAGGAGCCGAGCGAGGCGCCGGAGGCGGAGGCCGAGCCCGACAGCGACGCCGAGCGACGCUCGCCGCUGCUCACUCCCGUCGCCAACGGGACGGCGAAGGGUGCGGGCAUGCCGAGCGCGGGCGCGGUAGCGGGAGCGGGAGCGGGCGCGGAACUGCGCGGCUCGCCGCUCGCACACAUCGACGACACUGACACCGACGAGCCCGACCAGCCGCAUCUGUCGGCGCCCGAGGCGCGCGAGGGAGCGCCCGCCGACGACUCGGACUACUUCACGCCGGAGGACACCGCCACCACCAUACUCACCGUGCCCAAGCCAGCUGAGGUGCCGAGCGGUGCGCCGGGCGAGUGCACCCCGCAGCGCUGGGCUCUACCGCAUCAUGUCACGUCUCUACCUGGCACACCGCUGUCGGCGUCGAGCGUCCGCUCGUCGGGCGACUCGUACAGCUCCACGUCGUCUACGCGCCAGCUGCUGGCCGCCGCGCCGCUAGCCGCCGACACGCCGUGCUAGCGCCGCGCCCGCCUCCAGCCCACGCUCACGCACUUCGAAGGGACCUUCUAGCCGUGACCACUAAGUGUUCAUUUACACGAGCGGCAGCUGCUACCGACUGCAGUCAGCGACGUCUCGGCGGCGGUAGACGACGGUCGGUAGCAGUUGCCGCUCGUGUAAAUGAACUCUAAAGGAGUAUUUACACGGGUCGAUUACCUACCGCGGUGCCAGUCGCAUCGCUUGUAAAAUCGUACCCCAUUUACACCGGUUGACAAAAACAACAUGCUACAUUUGCAAAUAAAUUGUUGAUGACAAAAGUUCAUUUGAAAUAAGGGUUUAAACCUGGAUUAUUGUUUAAAAUGUUUUAAACAUACAUUAAUUAUGUAACGAAUACUAAAACAUUGAUUGAAUGUUCUACCUAAAACAUAAUAUGUGGCAUUUACCGCUUAUUAAUGAUUUAUACGUAAAAUAUUAUCUUUAAAUCGGCCCUGUUUAUUUACAAAACAAUAUGAAACUAUGGCAAAAUAUAGUUUAGAACUAGGCGUUACACUGAAUCAUUGAAAUGCAUUUACACACAUUUGUUAAAAUAUCCGUAUAUAUUUAUAUAUAUAUAUAUAUAUAUAUAUAUAUAUAUAUAUAUAUAUAUAUAUAAAUUAGAGCCGUGAUAGCCCAGUGGAUAUGACCUCUGCCUCUGAUUCCGGAGGGUGUGGGUUCGAAUCCGGUCCGGGGCAUGCACCUCCAACUUUUCAGUUGUGUGCAUUUUAAGAAAUUAAAUAUCACGUGUCUCAAUCGGUGAAGGAAUAUAUCGUGAGGAAACCUGCAUACCAGAGAAUUAUCUUAAUUCUCUGCGUGUGUGAAGUCUGCCAAUCCGCAUUGGGCCAUCGUGGUGGACUAUUGGCCUAACCCCUCUCAUUCUGAGAGGAGACUCGAGCUCAGCAGUGAGCCGAAUAUGGGUUGAUGACGUUAAAAUAUCCACAACUUGUGAAAAAAAAAUUAAUCAACACAAUUAUUAAUUAUAGAAAAAACGGCAAUAUUGUAUACUUUGAUAUUAUCAAAGACGUGAAACCAAUAAAUAUUCUGCAUGUCAAUGUGAUAAAACGUAUUUUUUUAUUUAUUUUUAAAUUCUGUAGGCCUAAGAUGCGCACCACGACAUAUCGCGAGAAGAGAAAAAGACAUGUCGACCAACAGUGGCUAAAUUGAAAAUGUAGCUCUUUGUCGUAGCAAUUAAAAAGAGUGAUAUUUUCGAUUGCGCCGCUAUUGGUCGACAUUUGUCUUUUUCUCGACUUGAAACAUGUCGUGGUGCUCAUGUCAGGCCUACUGGUUACAAUGAUUACAGUAACUGUAUGGGCAACUAUUUCGGAGUAUUAAAUAAGCGCAAUUGAAGUAUUAACUAAAACACUGCAUUAAUUGUUAAAUUUCUAUAAAUUAUAUUGUUUAUUUACUAUAAAUGUUUUAAUCAAAAUCAAUAUAUGUAAUUAUGUAUUUUGGUAAUUUUACUGCAUUAAGUAUUAGUUUUAAUUAGUAUAUUUAAUAUUAAAACAAAACAGAGUGUAGAUGUAUUUAAUUUAACGAUUACAAAUAAUUGAUUUGUAUAAAUUAUAAUGGGACUGGAAUUUAUAAAAAAGAUUAGUGUAUAUAAUAAGCAUACAGAUAGCUAUAGUACGUUAGAAUUAGUAUUUUUUUUUAAUUUAGUGAUUGUAUAUAAAUCCUAAACUAUAUAGACAGAUGUAUAGUGUGUUUACGAAACGAGAUAAAUACGUAAACAAAUAUUAUCUCUGUCAUUAUCUGUCGUAAACAAUUAUGUUGUCAAUUUGUUUACAUUCCUUAUCUCGCCUUGUUUAACAUACUAUAAAAGCAAUCAAAUACUUAGUUUUGGGGUAUGUAUUCAAUCAACGUGGAACUAUUAAUUUAUGUGUAAGAUAAAAAUAUUGUUAGAAAUAUUAUAUUUCUAUACUUUAAAAAUCGAGUUUGCGCAGCACAAUUUGUUCUUUUUUUCGUUUACACAUUUAGAUAUAGACAUAUAUAUAAUCUCUAGAUUAUAUACUAUAUUAUUGUAUAAUAUAAUUAUUAUAUUAUAUACUCUCAUAAUGUAUUAAAGAAAGUUGCAGCUAUAGUGUAAAAUAUAUCGAUUUUUUCUAAAAUAUCUGUGUAUUAGACAGAGUUCUCAAAUAGCCAUAUUAUUCUGUACUAUACUUAAUCAAACCAACUUUGCAGUAUGUAUCUAGACUAGAUCUACAACAGUUUUAGAAACGUUAUAGAUAUUCUAUUUUCGGAAGACUGUUUAGCUGGGACAGACAUGCACACUAUGCCAUGACUGAGCUUGUGUGUGAAACUAAAGGGCGGUAGCUAAGCAAAAACAUUUAUAAAUAUUGAGUUAUGAAAUUUCUUACAAUGGUUCGUUUGUUGGUAAACAGGUUGCUAUGUAACAACUUGUUUCUGCAGUGGUGGCGUCUCUUUACUUUACUUACAAGGUGUUUGUGUAAGAGAUGAUGAGAUAGGCUAACUAUAGUUGGAUGCAAUCUUUAUGACGUCACCGAAAUAAAGCGCAGUUCAUACAAAAAUCUAGACUCUUGAGACUACUUCGGGUGAGUGGGAAACGUGCGCAGGGUGAUACUAUCCCGCCGCGCCCCUGCGUUACCGCUGACACCUAAAAUGUUGUAUUGCGCAGCUUAACGCACUAUGUUUGGAAACGUCAAAAAGACUGCAUCCGACUAUACAAUACAAUACCUGAAGGCCAUGCGACUAAAAACAAUAUAUCUCCUGAACAGAAAUAAACAACUAAGAGCGCAACCGGAAAUAUCGCCAUCUCUUUUGUUGCGUUGGGACGAAAGAGAUGCGACUAGAACAGCUCAGCUGCCAUUGGUCGACAUUUCAAGAUAUAAUAUGUCGUUCUUAGGCCUUGUUAGUUAGGGUUGGAAAUAAAUAUGUAACAAUAAUAAUUGUACAAAGAAUCCUCUAUCUUUAUUUGUCUUGUCUAUUGUCAUACCCACUCUUAUUACAGUAUUUCUUAGUUGGAAGAAAAUGGGAAUUUAAAAGAUAUGGCAAAUAUUCUUUAAAAUAAAAGAUAGUAGAAACAAAAGGGGCUCCUUUUUUAAAAGGUACUUUAAAAGUCAGUACAUUAGAAAUAAAGAACACUGUGUAAUUCUAUUUUUAUUAGACUGAGUGAAACAUUCCUUCUGUAUUUGAAUCUCAAAUGUAUAAAAUGUAUGAAAAUAAAUUCGAAUAAUGUUCUUAAAUUCUAAAUAGUUAUAAUAAUAUAAAAGUAACUGAAAUAAAAUAUGUUAUUUAUGUAA